ACUUUCAUUUUGAGUCACAGUCAGUUUCACUUUAUGUUUUUACAGACAGAAGACGACAGACGCAAUAUACAGAGGAAAAGAGAGCAGUGAUCAUACAAAAAGUAAUUUGGAAGAAACAAAGAAUGUCUCCAAUAGUCGGGGUAUUUUCCAGGUCUGGCAAGGAAGAAUAUUCCUGGCUAACCCAAUCGCUUGAGUCUGUCGCUUCAGUCCAUCCUUGGUACAUAUCAAAUAGCAAUGGCAGCAAAUUGAGAGGAGAGGUCAAAAAAUGUGAUUUUGCUAUUUUGUAUCAUACAAAGAGGAGAGGAAGAGUCAACAUCACCAAUGUGACGGAUUCUCUGUAUGAUGAAGAGCUGAACAUAAUGUCACAAACACUUGGUAAAGAAAAAGUAAUUGUGGUGGUAGAUGAUCUGGAUGACAGUGGUCCUGGUGUAAAAAACAGAAUCCUACAAGAUCAGACAAAUAUUAGGGAUCAGGCCAGAGAUAUUUUCCUGUUCAGCACAGCAGAUAAGCAGAACAGAUCUGUGAUGGAAAAAAAGCUUGAAGACAUAAAGUAUAUCCUGAGACCGACCCAUUACAUACCUCCCAGUGACAUCAGUACCCCUAGAAACAGCGCCAGUAGAAAUGAUCGUUCAAUAGAUUGGUUGCUUGCUGUUUUUCUGGUAUUUUUGUGUGCUGGAUGGACCUAUAUUAUUCCAUAUGAUGACAUAUACAUUUUAUUUCCUAUGUCUGGGAUAAUCAUAUUGAACGCUGGUGGAUCAUUUUUUAUUCUUUAUGCUGCUUUAGAAUUAGAAACACUUCCAGUGCCAGUUAGUACCCAUAGAUCCAAGCAUUCACUGACCUAUAAGAGGGUAUCACAGAUGUUCUCAGGGUCCAGGAUUGUUGUGGCAAUAAUAGUUAUUGGCAUUGAGACAUUUAUAGUGCUGUGGAUCUUUACAGAAGGACUUUUGCUUACUCUGUUGCUCAAUGUGUUAUCCACCUGUGCUGGGUUGCGUUUCAUUAGCAUGCUGAAAGAAACUCAUCACAAUGUAUCGUUUCAAGCUUUUACAGUGAUCGGAUCCUGUGUUUGUUUUGCGUUGAUAAAGCUCUGGUUGUUCUCUAAUAAAGUUGAAUCUUUGCAAGAAUCUUCAAAAAAAGCAUCUUCUAAUUAGCUUGACAAAAGUGCUUAUGUAAUUAUUAAUGCAUCUGGAAUCCUGUGCUCCUUGACUGUGUAUCUCUGUGUCAUAAAUGAAGUCUGUUUUAAGUGAAACCCUGAAAUAUAUUGGCAAACAAGAAUACUCACUAGUGCACCAAUGUAACUCCCAGCUUAGUCAAAAAUGAUAUUAUAGGUUAAAGGGACAGUAAGGACAGAGCAUAUAGUUUUACACAGCUUUUUAAUUUACUUCUAUCAUCAAAUGUGCUUCAUUCUCUUAGUAUCCUUAUUUGAAUAGUAAAUCUACGCAGUCUCAUAGGAGCUCAGGAGUCUGCACGUUUCUUUAGUACUAUAUGGCAUUAGAGCUUUGCAACAUUCUUUGGAGCAAUGUUAUACAGUGUUACAAGUUUGUAUUCCAUGAGUGUAAUUGAAAGUUAAGUAAAAUAUACAGCGAUAUAGCGCAAACCAAAUAUUGUUGUUGUAUACACAAAGGGCUAGAUUAAGAGUGAUAUCUGGUUUUUGUGGCCAUUAACACGCAAGUUAAAUUCCGCCCGUAUUACAAGUUGAAAGUAAAUGCAAACGCAUGAGCGCAAACACGUUUUACUCUAGAAUAAUUACUGUGACUUCAGAGCUCUGGUUAACUGUUACGCGAGUCAAAAAAGUGUCACAAAACUCAUCAAAAUACAUUUAAAAUAUAACAAUUACACUUAUGAUAACACUAUCUAAGAAAAAUAACUUUAAAAAAAAUGCAAUAAAAAGUUAUAAAGGGGCAGUUUUAUCAUUGUCUGUAGCGUAUCAUGUCCGACAGACAUCCCUGAAUGCCGAUAGCAUACGCUGUUGGCAUUUAACAUUGCACAAGCAUUUCAAAAGAAAUGCUUGUGCAAUGCCGGCCCUGCAGAUUCGCGGCAAAUGGGCCAUUAGCAGGGGGUGUUAAUCAGCCCAAUCGUAUAGGAUUGAGUGGAUUGAUGUUCACAGCCUCAGAAGCAGUGGACCAGUUAUGGAGCAUCGGUCUUAAGACCGCUGCUUCAUAACUGCUGUUUCCGGCAAACCUGAAGGCUCGCGCGGACACAGGGGCAUCAGGGGCUGUAAGGCCCUUGAUAAAUCGGCCCCAAAGGCUCAAAGAUAUGAGAUGUCGGGUGUCCAUAGGAACACAUGUAUAUGUAUGUAUAUAAAUAUGUGUAUGUAUAUAAACAUAUGUAUGUAUAUAAACAUAUGUAUAUAUAUGCAUUUGCAGACAUAUAUACACAUAUAAAUACAGAUAUACAUAUGUAUAGAAAUACAUACAUGUAUCUCAUUGCAAUCCUGCGCUUGUGUUUCUGCGAACUUGUACAAAACGAAGCUCCAAUAAAGUCUAUGGGGAAAUAUGCAUUUACAACUUUGCAGUCUAUUUUUCUGAGUGAGGAUGCGACCACAAGAGUGCAAAUCUUUUACUUGCAACCUGUAUUACGUCUGCAACUCGGUGUGCAAUGUUAAAAAAGGAGAGCGCUGAUAAAACACUUGUGGGAGUGCAAGUUAGCGCUCCACUCGUAAUCUAGCCCAAAAUGAUUAUCCUGGAAGAUCUAUGUAGGUCCUUAUGCAUUUCAAAGCUAUUAAACUUCUUUGUCAGAUGUACUGGGAUCCUGGUAAUCACUGCAUCUAUUUAAAACUUGUCAUUGUAGUGAAUCUAAUCUCGGUUGCAAUUCUGACUGGUUUCCUCCCAGUCACAUGAUUGUAAGUGGACCAAUCCGAAACAAUGUCUCAUACAGCUUUUAUCACCUUUAAAAAAAGUAUCUAUAUGUAAUUACUCUGAGCCCUAUGUGAUGGGAUUGGCUGUGAAUUUUAUCUAAAUACUUCUAUAAAUCAAUACAUGAAUGUUCUAUAAUUACAAUGUGCACUUGAUAGAAACAAUUACAAAUAAAAGAUAACAUUAAUUAAAAGGACAUUAAACUGCUGGGUACGUUUACUAGUCGCCAUUAUCCUCCUGUACCUGCUGCUCUAUUUAUUUUUAUUUCAACCCCAUACAAAAUCCAGUUGGUAAAGCUCUGCAUCUUUAUACUGGGCGCUGCCAUCUUGUAGCUGGCGUAUUAUUGCAUUCUGUGACAUAAGCAGAGCGCUUUCACAGCUCAGUGAUGACGUUGGCUUUUGUACAGCUGGACCUUGUACUUCGGCUUAACUUGACCAAUAGAAAGAGGAAGCUUUACAUUUUUUUUAAGUUAAUUUACACCGUUUAAAGGUUACAUAACAAAUAUUAAAAAGCCCUCAGGAUUGUUAUAGAGCUCCCAGAGUAUUGUGCACUCUAAACUGAAGAGUAAUGCUGGUCAAGAAGACACCAAUAUCACAGCUCUGUUAAUGUGCACUGCUGCUGUAAAAGGUGAGGAAAUGUCAAGCUCCAAGAUGGCAGCUCCCUUUGUGUAAAGACAGAACUUUACUAACCAGCACUUGUAAAGGGUAAAAUAAGGGAACAGGUUUGCAGAGAACUGCUGGUACAGAAGGACAAACAGAACAUGACGGCAUCAGAACGAGGCUCACAUUGGAGCCUAUAGAAGCGAGCUCGCAUUUGCAUUACACUUUACUUAUAAUACCAGCGCACACUAGCUUGGUAUUACUCAGUGGAGCACUAGCGAUAUUUAGCGCUUUACUCAUAAUCUAGUCCUGUGUGUCUUGUUAUACAAUAGCCCUUAUUAGUUUAAUAUAAUUAUAUACUGUGGAAAUAAAUAAAUAUAUAUACACAUGUGAACAUGCAGCAAUAAAAUAUCCAAACUCCA